AUGGACAAAGAGAACGCUCGUACAGUGGCGUCGUCUAUCGACGUAGAAGUGUUUUAUCCUGUAUGGAUGAGCAACACUUCGUAUCGCGAAGCGUACGAUGCGAUAUUUCCCGAAAUAACUCGAGGAAAUGUGAUGAGAACGUACAGAGACUUCGUUCAGCGAAUCACGGAGACCCGACUGGCUCUCGUGAGAAAGCGUGACGAUCCUACGUUUAAGCUUACCUACUGGAAACCGUCUGUGUUUAACGUCCAGCCGUCGUUCGACUAUGAGACUAUGACCAUCUACAUCCCACCGGUGAUCUUCAACACGACGUACGCUCGUGGAGAUGUGUCCGUCGCUGCACAGAUUCCGUUUAUCGGACCACGACUAAUAUUUGCAUAUCUAGAAGGAAUUCACGAGAAAUCGUACCCUUCGUUUCGCUAUCACUGGUCGUUGAACAGCACAGUGCGUGCCAUUGAACUCGAGUUGUGUCUGUCCAGACAGUACGCGAACUGGACUGAUGGCCACGAAACGAAUACGACACCUAGACGCCCUCUCACUAUGCAGUACGACUUUCUAGAUAACUUAGCCAUUGAAGGUGCACUUCAACUGUACCUCAAAUACAUCUCAGUGGUAAAGUCUCAGAACCUGCAAGACAGCGCAUUCCUAACACCGGGAAAUCUCACUUCCAUUAAGCUGUUCUACGUCCUUUACGCGGAAGGGUUUUGUGAAAACGCCGAAUCAGAGAGAUUACGUGGAGAGCUUCAAGACGAUCCUAUCAGCUCGCCCAGGACACGAGUGAAUGUCCCGCUGAGGAACUACCCUGACUUUGCUGCCGACUGGGACUGCAGGCCGCGAGCUCCGAUGUCACCAAAGAAACGAUGCAGUAUGUGGCUACCUUGA